UGUCUGUUUUUAACUUCUGUGAGUGCAGAAUGCAAGUUCUCCCUUGUUUGCUGAGCUUGACCAGUGAGCUGGGGAUAACUGGAAACCCAUUGCAGUAUUUAGUGUGUGGCUGUGAUUAGUCCAGGGUUUCCAAACAGCACUCCAACAGUGUAACUGCCUUUCCUUUAUGGUAGCAACAAGACCAUGUUUGCUCCUCUAGGGUGCUGGUAAUGGUGUUUCCUGCAGUGGGUUCCAGCUGUGCCCCUCUCCUUAGAUUGGGCUCUACACAUUCAAUGGCUAAAUUUUACAGUAUCAGCUUCAGACAAAAAAAGAUUUUCAAAUUGUAUUGAUAUAGGCAGAUAUAGGAAGACAGAAGUGCAGUAAGCUGCCUUUAAUGUUAGCUGGGACCAGUCUUUUCAAUUAGAACAAAAACAGACAAGUUACCAACAAUGGUUGGUAAUUCCAACUUCAAAAAUGCAAGACAUUCUUAUAGUUGUAAUCUUCAAGAAUUUUGUUUUUGAUCCUGGUAUGAUUAACGUUAAAAUUAGUUUACAGAAAUGGUACAGUGAAAGUUUUUAUUACAGCUCAAUGAAAAAUGCAUAUAUAUAUAUAUACACAUAUACACACUGUGUGUAUUUCCUCUCUCCCUUUUAAUUUUAGGAUACUUUCCUCCUAUGGUGAAAGCUCAGCAAUAACAGUUGAAAGUGCCUGCAGCCAUAGGAAUAGGUCAUCGACUGUAGAAUGAGGAAAGCUGAGACAAUUUGGCAGCAUCUCAGGCUCCACUUGAAGAGUUCCAUUACAACUUUGAAGUUCUAUAUUGUUUAAAAAUAAGUAGAAGUUUAAUUGUUUAAACUGACUCCAAAUCUCUUUGGCUUCACAUCAUCAAAACCCCAUGCCUGAAACCCCAAAUCACGUAGUUGCAGUUAGGAGUUUAUGCUGCAAAAUGCUGGUUCGUUCUAACACAAUGGUCUGGCCUGCUGCAGACCAUCCUGAGUUGUGUGAGCAGCAAAGCAUUUUCAAACUGACUGAAGGCAAGUGAUGGAGUUACCUUUUUACAGUCAUUUUGCCUUGUGCAAUAAUUGGCUUCCCCUCAUUUAAGGUGGGGGUUGUGAUUACAAAAGAGAAUGGUUGUGACAGGAUGUGUUCUGCUCUGCCCGACUCCCCAUGUCGACACUGGCAUGUGUUCUGGAGGGAGCUGAGCCUUACUCUGUGGCAGAGCAAGCCAGAAGCACCGAAGGAAGCUGCUGCUUUCCUGUAGUGCCUCACCUGAGAGGCCAGGCUGACUGAAUUUCUGUUAUAUGGGGAGAUAGGGAAAGGUGGUUGGCUCGGUGCUUGCAGAGAUGUGCACAAGAAGUGCUUGAGCAGGCAAAAGGGAGGGGUGUGUGUAAAUAUAUAAACAUAUUCUUCUGGAGACUGGAAAUAGCAAAUGCAAUUGAGCUGUGAGUGAUAAUCUUGCUUUGGAUAGCAGAGGAUUGUACCUUCAUGGGGAAUUGAAUAAAGGAUACAAAUACAGAAGAAAAAACCCAAAAAACUAAGGGGAAUAAAGGUCAUUAAAAUGGAACUUGGAGUAUAUAUGAAGGCUGUCUUUGUAGGAUUUGAAGAACUUCAAAUGUGGUAUAAUUAUUUGUACUGUGUUCAAAAUUUCACAGUAAAUAGGUGUUAACUUUACGUUAAGUACUAUAUUAGGUUUGCACACAGCUUAUCAGAAUUGUUUACUGCAUCUACAUUGCAAUAUGUGAUACUAGACAAAAACUUGGGCUGGUCUUAGAAGUAUCUACCAUAAUUUUGUUGUUCCCCUGUAAAUGUCUUACAUAUUUUGCUGGUGAUAAAUGCAGCGUAUGGAACUUGAGUGUAGUGCAGUGUUUUAGCAGGAUUUCAAGCAAUUUAACAAUUUACUAGAUCAUCAGAGUUUUUCCACUGUUCCUGUUUAAUUCUGUUUUUUAUACAAUGUCCGUAAUUGUGGAUCUGAGCAUAUUCUAAGUGACAUGGCUAACAUCUGUCAUGUAUGAUUCUCCUUUCUGCUCCCUGGGAGGAAAAUUAUUGAGAGAAAAACGCAAGAGUCUCUAUAUAAACCACCAUCCUCCUGGGCAGUUGAGAAGGAAGUACAGUUCCUGCUCCACUAUUUUCCUGGAUGACAGCACGGUCAGUCAACCAAACCUCAAGUAUACCAUCAAAUGUGUAGCUCUUGCAAUAUAUUACCACAUCAAAAACAGGGACACAGACGGAAGAAUGCUCUUAGAUAUUUUUGAUGAAAACCUUCAUCCCCUUUCGAAAUCCGAAGUGCCACCAGACUAUGACAAACAUGACCCGGAGCAGAAACAGAUUUACCGCUUUGUGCGGACGUUGUUCAGUGCUGCUCAACUGACUGCUGAAUGUGCCAUUGUCACCCUGGUAUAUCUUGAAAGACUCUUAACUUAUGCAGAGAUAGAUAUUUGUCCAGCAAACUGGAAGCGAAUAGUACUGGGGGCAAUUCUACUGGCAUCUAAAGUUUGGGACGACCAGGCUGUGUGGAACGUGGAUUACUGCCAGAUCCUGAAGGAUAUCACUGUUGAAGACAUGAAUGAGCUAGAACGCCAGUUUCUUGAGCUGUUACAGUUCAAUAUUAACGUUCCCUCCAGUGUUUAUGCCAAGUAUUAUUUUGAUUUGCGUUCCCUGGCAGAAGCGAAUAACCUGAGUUUUCCCUUGGAGCCCCUCAGCAGGGACAGGGCAUAUAAACUUGAGGCCAUUUCUCGCCUAUGUGAAGAUAAAUACAAGGACUUCAGGAAAGCUGCCAAGAAGCGGUCGGUCAGUGCUGACAAUCUGACUGUGGUUAGAUGGUCCCCUGCAAUUAUCUCCUAACAGAGGAGACUGGAAUAUUCCUACGGACGUACUGUUUCAUCCAUCCAUUUUUUUCAGAGUGGGCUGGGGGCGGGGGGAUAAAGAAAAAAAGACUUUUGAUUUUUUUAUUUUUAAAUCUGUCAAGCUGCCUUUACAGUGCCUCCCCAUUGUGUAGCACACGAGUGAAAUACCUAACGGAAGGAGAAAUGGAGAAAUUGGUGAUCAGGAGAGAAGAUCGGCAACAAUUGUUUUCUCACUUCCACUAACAGCUUUACACUUUUAUGAGGAAACAGCAAAUCAGGUGCUUGGAAGAAGAAACAAAACUGAAGUAGAGGCAGAAAAAUAUCUAAGAACUGUGCCAUUUUCUAUUAUACUGUACUCAUGAAGGGAAAUGGCAGCAUGAGAAAAAAAAACAUGUAAUCAGAUGACUGUGCACAGAGGAAUGACAUUGGGAGAGUUCCAUCUUAAAGGUUUCUCUUAAUAUCUUUUGUUGUUGUUGUUGUUGUGUUUUGGUGGGGUUUUUUUUGGUUUUUUAAAAUUUUUUUGCAUUCCUCAUUGCUGCUUCCCAGGAUAAAUUCUUCCCCUUGCACAGCAGGAAAUACAAAGUCUGUAUUGACAGUAGCACAAGCCCCUGAAUAAAUAGCGUUGGGUUUUUUCACUGCACUUUUCUCUGUAACCUGUCUUAUUAGCAUUCUUCUUCUUAAUUAUUAUGCAUAUGUUACAUUUCUUGUAUGCCUUUUAUUGUAUUUCGAAAGAGAGAACUUGACCAUAGUGCUGAACCAAAAGUGUGUACAGGGAUCAGAAGAUCUUCGUAAUUUCAUGAUGUGUUUUAUUUAUAGUAUACUUGGGUGCGUGUGCCUUCCUGAGUUCUUGGAAUCGUUUAUUUUUCCGUAAUAUAGAUACAGUUGUUAAAGUCUUGAGAUGAUGGUAAUAAGACUUGGGCCAAAUCUCUGAAAUUUGCAACAGAUCUUGUGAUCCUUUUUGCAGAUUUUCAUAGCAUUAGAAGUUUAGUAGAAUUCAUCCAUUUUGAAGGAGUUGGGUUUUUUUUUUUUGUAUGGCUUGACAAGUUCAUUCCUUCACCUCCAGGUCCAUUGUUACAAGCAAUAUUCUCAAUUUUUAUAUGUUUACUUUAAAUCAAAGUGAGUCUGUUUGUAUAAAAUAAAAAAUAAUAAAAAAAAAUUGUUCCAAUGAGAAGGCCUGUAGAAUAGCAGAAUGGAAAUCUUAACAAGGUAUACGACACAAGGAGAUUUGAUUUGGAAGCUAAAAUACAAACCCUCACGUUUUUCAGUGUAGGUGCUUAUAGAAAUUAAAAUUAAUUGAACUGUGAAUAUAAUUUCCAACUCAGAUUAUUAAACUCCUCUGUUAUUAUUAUUUUGCUCUUAACUGUGGCUGCUGCCCCCUUGGCAAUUGUAAGAAACUUUUAUACAAAAUAACUUGUCAGUAUAAGCAUAUUUGCUUCAUAACACCACAGGGUGAUUUUUUCCCCCCAGUUUUCAGGGUUUUUUGCACAGUUUUAGAAAGAUACAGCUGAAAGCUCUCAGUUCCCUGAAAUCUGUCCUUGCUACUAUCACUGAGGGGAAUGGCAGCAGAUGUCCCUGAUUUGUGCACUACUGUUGUAACCCACAAAGAUUCCAUGUUUGUUUUGUUAAGCCCUGUGGGCUUGUAGCAGCCUGGCGGCCCAGAGGUGCGCUCGUGACUCCCGGAGCGCUCCUCGGGGCGGGGAGGCACCGCCAGGACUGGAGCAGCGGAACCAAACAGUUCCCUGUCAACUUCCCACUUUGAUUGGUUUAGUUGGAGACGUGAAGGCUUUGUCCAUAAAUUCUCCUGAUGUUCUUUGGGCCUUUAAAAUAAUCUAAUUCUCAUCACUUCUUGUUGUGCCAAUGCAUCAGAACUGUGAGUAUCCAAGUCCAUUUUUCCCUUGAACAUGGAAUGUAAGGCAAGUGUUUAUAGCAAAUUACAGCAUUUGCAACCUCUUUACAGAGAGUAUCAAAAUGAACAUUUUCAGAGCAUUUGAAAUUCAUCCUUUAUAAGCAUAAAUUUAGGCUUUAAAAUAUGUAAAAUAUCUUGAUUUACCAACACUUUGCUAAACUAUUUUCCAUUUAACUUGAUAUCAGGAAUAUUGGUUUUAUCCAUUUCUGGGUGAUAGAGAUAUGAACUUUGGAUUAUGUAAAGAUAUCAAUGCAUCUACUAUAAUUUUUGUGAAGUUUAUUAAACUACUUUAAAGAUUGUAUAGUCUAUUUAUUGUAUGUAUGUACAUACAGUCUGAUACUUUAAAAAGUGGAUUCCGUAAAACCUGGCUCAGUCUUGUUUAGACUAUUGAAUAUCGUUUUAGCCUUGUGCACUGGACUCUACCUCUGUAUAGGAGAAUUUUCCAUAUUCUUAAUUAGUACUGAUUCUGUGAUUAACUUGGUUAUGUUUCUUGCACUAAGAAUUAAAAAAAAAAAAUCUGCUGUAAGCGUGGAUUUUUUCUUUAGUUUUACCAUAUGAAUCCUCUACAUUUAGAUGGAUGUUUCUUUCCCUCAUGGUUAUAGAAUAAUUCUUUGCUUUUUCUUCUGGUUUGUUCCAGAGUUGCCAAAAAAUACAGUACCUGUCAGUAAAUCUGAAAAUUGUCUUUUGUUUGCGAGGUAUUCUAUACCAGGUAAUUAAAAAUCAAUUAUUAUUUAGGAUUA